GACACCCAAUGGGAAGUCGGUUUCAAGAUUCCAAAUAAACACGAACGCACCGGACCAUAAUCUCUAAUUAUUUUUUUCCCUGCUAGGUUUUAGGUUUCCCCCCAAAUUUCCCUCGCUUUCAUUCUUUUUCAAUUCUUCUCCGCAAGCUUUGAGACCGGGAGAGAAAUAAAUUUUCAUUCACUUUCCCUUACUUCCUCAGUUUUCUCACGUCCGCUUUCGAGAUUCGCUGAAUCGAGAUUAAGCGAUGCCUGUAGAAAUGCCGAGAGGUCUUCCCUUCUCUGUAGACACAUGGACGCCGUCAUCGAAGAUGAAGAGGCACCAUUUCUUGACGCAUGCGCAUAAAGAUCACUCCUCCGGUAUUAUCACCCAUUCAUCGUACCCAAUUUACUGCACUGAUCUCACCAAAGCAUUUCUACUCCAACAAUACCCCCAGCUUGAUGGUUCGAUGUUUGUGGGUAUUGAGGUGGGGCGGUCUGUUGUUAUCGACGACCCAGAUGGAAAAUUCACUCUUACCAGCUUUGAUGCGAAUCACUGCCCUGGGGCUGUAAUGUUCUUAUUUGAAGGUGGUUUUGGUACCAUCCUGCACACGGGAGAUUGUAGACUUACCCCGGAAUGUAUACAAUGUUUACCUGAGAAGUAUAUUGGAAAGAAAGGAAAGGAUCCUAGGUGUCGGCUUGAUUAUGUUUUUCUGGACUGCACAUUUGGGAAAUCCUCUCAAAAAUUCCCAAGCAAGCACGCUGCAGUGCGACAGGUUAUCAAUUGUAUAUGGAAAAAUCCUGAUGCUCCUGUGGUGUAUCUUACCUGUGAUCUUCUUGGUCAAGAGGAGAUAUUGGUAAAUGUGGCUCAAACAUUCGGCUCCAAGAUAUAUGUUGAUAAAAAUACUAAUGCUGAAUGUUUCCAAGCUCUGACACUCACUUUUCCUGAAAUCCUAUCUCAAGAUCCAUGUUCCCGUUUCCAGUUGUUUGAGGGGUUCCCAAAACUAUAUGAAAGAGCAGCUGCAAAGCUUGCGGAGGCCAGGGCUGAUUCCAAGCCCGAGCCUCUCAUUCUUCGUCCUUCAGCACAGUGGUACGUCUGUGAAGAAGAAAAUUUGCCGACUGAAAGUCAAAGAAUAGUGAAAUUUAGUGAAGCAGUAAGGGACCAAUUUGGUGUUUGGCAUGUCUGCUACUCAAUGCACUCAUCCAAGGAAGAACUAGAGUGGGCCCUGCAAAUUCUUGCGCCAAAAUGGGUGGUAUCAACAACUCCCACAUGCCGAGCUAUGGAGCUAAACUAUGUUAAGAAGCACUGCUUUGUCAGUCGAUUAGCUUCUGAUGAUCCUAUGUGGAAGCUUUUAGACAUUAAAGUUGAAGUUUCUCCCGAUGAUGUAUCAGUCAAAGAUGCAGAUUGCUUUCCCCUAGAUGUAGAGCCUACCCAACAUUCUGCUGAAUCUCUGACACAACCUGCAAAGAUUUCCUGUAGUCCCAAAAAACUCGCGAGUUUGUCUCCACCAAGCAAAAGAUCACCUGUGACCUUAUUUGGUAGAGCAAGACUUGCCUUCCUAGAUUCCAAUCUUCCAAAUGGAGAGAAAAGAUUUGCCUCAACUGAAGAUGAAUCUUUGUCAAUCGUUACCAAUGAGUUGGAGCAAGAUUUCUCAUUUCAGCAGGAGGAUCGUGAAUUGAAACAUGAGAAUCAAUUGGAGGACAAGGUGCAAAUAGAUGUCAUUUCAGCACAACUUGAGAAGUCCGAGGAGAAAGAAAUUUGCAAAGGUUCUUCAGGCUCCGCUGCUGAAUCAUCAAAGGGCUUCAACGAAAGUUUGAGAAAAUUGUACAGGUCAAGGAAUGUGCCUGUGCCUCAGCCUCUUCCAUCCUUGGUUGCACUUAUGAAUGCCAAUAAACGUGCCAGGAGGAUAUUUUAGUCUUUGCCUUUGAUAAAACUCUGGAAUCUGGAUAUAUGCCCUUCCCUUUGUUUCGUAAGAAAGGACAAGUUGGUUUGUCAAAAACAAGGAUGACUUCAGACCCUUCUUGGGAUACAGUUUCUUUCCUGCAGUCUGCUUGAGCAAUAAUCUGGAGUCUUAUGAUUCUUUCCAAUACAAAUAAUCUUGAACAAGAAAGGACAAGGGUUUUGCUAGUUAUACGACAUGGUUGCAGAUUGUUGUACCUGGUGGCUGAUUAUUUCCUACACCUAUGAUUCUUUCAUAUCAAAUAAGAAGAUACAUAUUUUUCAUUCGGAUAUGAUGCAUCAGAUUUAUGCUGUAAUUAUAGCGAAUACAUUCAGGUAUGAGGAAGUCUACCCACCGUAUCUCAUUGUAAAUGUAUACUCCCAACAUUCUAUUUAUAUGAAGGAAUGAUUUCAUUACUCAA